UUUUGACAACAUGGCGGACGAGCAAAGCAAGCCUUCGGAUACAAAAGAAGUUUCUUCCGUCAAGAAACAUCAUAAACAAACUUCAUUAAGCUAUAGUCGCCCAAAAUAUCGCGAGGCUCGUUGGGAAAGGGCCGUAAAGGUUUGUACUUUGAAAUUUGAGACGUUUUAAUUUUAUCACAGCAAGAAACAUCUUGGCUCUACCUUGAACGAAAAGACGAAAAGAAUGUGGCAAAAUUACCAAAGUUAUUUUGUAAGAUUUACGGUCGCAUUCCUAAUUUGUAAUUGUAAGUAUCUGAUUACUUUUAUUAACAGUUUGUUAACUGUGUAUCAACCCAAUUUUGCCGGUGUGAUUCUCAUAUAAGCGUAUCAACUAACAGUUUUUGUUAAGCGCGCUUAAUUCUUUUCUUUUGUUUUUAAGGUUUACACCAUAAAUUUGGAAUCUAAGUAUGUUUUGGUUCAAGGUGUACCUGCUGUAGGUGCUGUCAAGGAAUUACUGGAGCAAUUUGCACUUUAUGGAGCAAUCGAAGAGUAAGCUUAAUUGAGUGACAACAACUAUUACUAUUACUUUGCAUAACAAUAAAAUUUGUGAAAUGACAAUACAGUUCCAAGGCAAUGGCUUAAUUUUAUGUUAAUCCAGAUUUAUUAGUUAAACUUCUUUAUCGUGAAAGAAAAAAAAUAAAAAUUUCAGGCUGUUUCUCAUUCAGUUUUUGUCACCAAAACUAGGUGAAAAGCAUGACCAGAAGGUCCAAGUUCCCCCCUGAAUGCUAAGUUCUGUUUCAACUUAACUAAGUUUUUCUCACUAAUAAAAUGCUUCAAAAUUUGGUUUGUUAUUUAUUCAUGUUGGAAUCUGACAAUUUUUGGCAAUACUUUUGUAUGUUACUUGUAUUUUUUUAAGUUUAAGAAAACACAGUUUAGGAUUUUUUUCAACUAGUCGAGUUUUGGUACUCUUAAACUAAGGCAUUUUAGUAAAAUCCAACUAGUGGUAUAUAUUAUCAAUGCUGCAUUCUGAUUGGUUGAGCUACUACAAGGCUAUAUGUUAUAGCCCACUAGUAGCGAAAAGCACCGACUUUGAAAACCAAAACAAUGAUGGCUGAAUCGCGUUUUCCCAGCUGAAGUUGUUUUGUCUCGAUAUUUUUGACCAACUAGUUGGAUUCUACUUAAACAUUAUUCCUCUCGCCCGCAUAGCCUCUGAGUCAAUAGCGGCCUUCUGCCUCAUGGGCUAUUGACUCAGAGCCCAUUCGGGCUCGAGGAAUAAUUGUUAAUUAUUUGCUUUAGAUAUCUUUUCCUUGAUGAGUAUCCCGUUGAGCCCUCAUGGCCUCUGAGUCAAUAGCCCAUCCGGGCUCAAGGAAUAACUGUUGUUAAUUAUUUGCUUUAGAUAUCGUUUCCUUGAUGAGUAUCCUGCUGAGCCCUUCACGGAGGUUUACUGGAUUAAGUUUCAGAGGAUAAAUUCAGCCAGGUAUUGUAGGUACAAAGAGGUCCUGCCAGAGGGGGGUCCCAUGUCACCCAUCUGAAUUUUGAAAUGUCUCGUGUCGUUGUUUAUAAAUGCUUGUUGCUUUUUGUCGGCUUUGCCGUCACUGUUGCAAUUUGGCCGAGGGAGGUUGUCUCUUGUCAUGAUUUCAUUUUACACGCUGUCACUACUUUUUGGGCCAUGUCGCUUGUUGGAAUUUACCCUGGCAGGGCCUUUACAAAGUCAGUUUUGUUGGACUUCAUGCAUUGUUUGAAGUUGAUGUUAACUGUAGGAAUACAAAUCUAAAUGGAGAUGGUCAUAUUUCCAUUUGGGACUCCCACAUAAUGGAAGGAGGUCAAAUAUGACUAGGUGUGAUAGUACAGAUAAUUUGCCACCUGUGUUUGUUCCCUGGCAUCAUUCCAGAGAGCUGCAAUACCACCCUUCCCCACCAAAGUAAUGGUGGAAACUUAAUAUGACAGUACAAAUAAAAUUCAGGAAACCCAAACAUAUGCAAACGACAGGAGUGGCUCAAAUUUUUCUGCAGGGCAUGAGAAAUUGGUCUGCAGGUAUGAGCUGGUAAUUUUAGUUGUGUUGUGCUUAAGCCAUGCCUGGUGGCACCUGGUGCCUUAUAUUUGCUACUGGGUGACUAGAAAAGUUUCAUUUUUCAUAAAAAUCAUAUACUGGAUUCCCUGUGUUCAGAGCAGUGGGCUCCAGUCAUUUUUUCUUAGAGCACAGCCUUGUUGAGAUUAAAGUUUUUGGGCUGCAGGCAUGAGACGUAUUUCUAAGGGGAGGGAGAGAGCAGGUAGGUGACACCAGUGUGUCGGGGUGUAUAGUCUUUACCAAGCAACAACAAAUAAAAGGACCAUGGCAGUUAGUAAAGCAUGAGUUCAUUGUUGUUGUGAUUUGUUUUAGGUUUGCCAAGAAAAAGCUGGACAAUAAAUCAUUCUUUGGAGGAAUAUUACAUGUGUGUUAUGCUCCAGAGUUUGAAACGGUCAAUGACACAAGAGAGAAACUUCAGGAGAGAAGAAAAGUUAUAGCAAAAAAGACAAGAGGUUAGUUCUAUCUUUUUAAAAGGCUAAAAUCUUUUUUGCAUCUGUUGAAUUCAAAGAUAAUGGUCCAGUUUCAUGAGGAGACACAAAGGGCUUGCACUGUAAGUAUCCCGGAAGGCUCUAUACAAUUCCUUAUAAUUUUGUUAUAAGGAAUUGUAUGGAGCCUUCCAGGAGACUUUUCUUCACUAGCUUAGGCGCGGUGGAUUUUGUCACGUAUGAUCAGCGCGAGGUGUUUUUCCCGACACCCUUCUGUCAGGAAAAUGUCAUCAUAUGAAAGCAAACCAGACACGAUCGCUUCGGCAGGCCGAAGCCGGCAAAAAUAAAAGGCUUUUCUUCUUCCAGUUUUGUUUCGAUGUGGUCAAAAUAAAUCAGGUUUGUAGGUUGUAGGUAAUAAAAUAUUGUCUUAUUCAGUUCUCAAGGACCUUUAGAAAACGAGAUAAUUGACUAGAGAAAGAAGCGUGAAAACGCUUUUCUGGAAGAAAAUAUAUUUUAAUUCUCGCAGCAAUUUUGCGAAAUCGCGAAGCGCAAUAUAUUCAGUUUCUUCCAAAGCCGUCAUGAUUAAGCAGUGUAAUGCCAUCACAACUAAAAAUGAAUUUAGUUUGUAUCGCAAAAGCCGCGAAAAUAGAGAUGAAACAAAAAAUGGAUCGGAAAAAUUAAUAAAAUCACCAAAAAACCGUCUCGCGGGAGCUUUGUCAAACAAACCGUUGGUUUAUUUAACCUAACCUGGAAAAGGAGACGUCUGCACGCAGAAUACAUUUCAUACUACAUGUAGUUGUGAUUUCGGGAACGGACCUCGGGAGCCUCAUUGCCGUAAUAUCUUCUACAUUGCAGAAACUUCAGCAGAAUCGCCCUGCUCGCGUGCUAACUUUCCGUUCCAAUUAUGACUAUACAGUACCAGUGAAUUGUUUCCAAAUUUAAAGGGGCGAAAUUUAUUUCCAUCAGCGCGUAGUUAGCUAGUUAAGUAAUAAUAAUUCACAGCACUGUAAAUAACACGGUUCUAGAAUAUCUGACGGCUUCGCGGUUUGUUCGUCGCUGCAUGCGAUUUAAUCGCUUAUAACCUAACAGAAAAUGCAUGAAUACAAACAAGCUCGCUGUUCCACAACCCCACACUGAAUUUUAAAAGAGAAGCCUUUCUUAUAACGGAAGAAUGUUGUAGAACAGCUUGUGUCUGAAGGUGCGGCAAUAAUUUUUUUAAAGGAAAAUUACAAAACCUUAAUUUAGAUAUAUGUAUCUUUACACAAGGCCUAAAUGUGAAGCAGGUUUUUUAUUGUUAUAUCGUUAUUAUUUUAGUUUUUAUCUGGUUAUAUUUCUAUACUUGAAUGUAAAUAUACCCAAGGCAAAUACUGUGUAUUACCUUACCUUACCUCUGUGAUGUGUGUAAAUUUGUCUUUUGCUAUGGUUUUAGACAAUACGACUUCUCCUGACAAUCAAUUGUGCGUCAAAACAAUGUAUCAAGCGUGCGAUAAAGAAAUUGUAUAAGUGCCACGGUGUAGCACUUUAUGACAAAGUUUUAACUGGAAAACUUCUUGCCAUAUGAUGUACACCUGUAUAGUUUAUGUUUGUAAGCUCUACCUAAAAUAAUCACUGGGUUACACUGCACCCAUGGGUGUGCCACCUAAAGUGCAGCCUAUGUUUGUUAGCUCUGCCUAAAGAAUCACUGGGUUACACUGCACCCAUGGGUGUGCUACCUAAAGUGCAGCCUAUGUUUGUUAGCUCUACCUAAAGAAUCACUGGGUUACACUGCACCCAUGGGUGUGCCACCUAAAGUGCAGCCUAUGUUUGUUAGCUCUACCUAAAGAAUCACUGGGUUACACUGCACCCAUGGGUGUGCCACCUAAAGUGCAGCCUAUGUUUGUUAGCUCUACCUAAAGAAUCACUGGGUUACACUGCACCCAUGGGUGUGCCACCUAAAGUGCAGCCUAUGUUUGUUAGCUCUACCUAAAGAAUCACUGGGUUACACUGCACCCAUGGGUGUGCCACCUAAAGUGCAGCCUAUGUUUGUUAGCUCUACCUAAAGAAUCACUGGGUUACACUGCACCCAUGGGUGUGCCACCUAAAGUGCAGCCUAUGUUUGUUAGCUCUACCUAAAGAAUCACUGGGUUACACUGCACCCAUGGGUGUGCCACCUAAAGUGCAGCCUAUGUUUGUUAGCUCUACCUAAAGAAUCACUGGGUUACACUGCACCCAUGGGUGUGCCACCUAAAGUGCAGCCUAUGUUUGUUAGCUCUACCUAAAGAAUCACUGGGUUACACUGCACCCAUGGGUGUGCCACCUAAAGUGCAGCCUAUGUUUGUUAGCUCUGCCUAAAGAAUCACUGGGUUACACUGCACCCAUGGGUGUGCCACCUAAAGUUCAGCCUAUGUUUGUUAGCUCUGCCUAAAGAAUCACUGGGUUACACUGCAUCCAUGGGUGUGCCACCUAAAGUGCAGCCUAUGUUUGUUAGCUCUGCCUAAAGAAUCACUGGGUUACACUGCACCCAUGGGUGUGCCACCUAAAGUUCAGCCUAUGUUUGUUAGCUCUACCUAAAGAAUCACUGGGUUACACUGCGCUCUGUGAUGGACGUUUGCCUUGCGCUCUCUUCAGAGACAAAAAAGCUAUAGUCUGUUUGGCCAAAAAUCAAAAGCUUUGUUCCCCUAAAAAUUUGACACCAUAUUGGGCCCCGAAAGACGUUAAAAGUUCCUCCACAAUAGAAGAGUGUUUUGCUAGAGGUUAGAAACAUUUGGCUUACAUGAGUUUCAAUAUAAAGGUGCAAAAACUUAUCAGCAUAAUUAAAGGACACAAACAUUGUCAUCAAACUCCUGGCAUGUAGCCUGAAUAAGCCAAGCAAAUAUAAAUAAAGCAUAUAACCAGAAAUAUUCGUCAAAUGGUCUCGUUAAGUAAAUUAUACUUCACUUUGCGAAAGAAAUUUAUCUCUUGUAUCCGUGUUACGCAUCGAAAAAGCGAGGAGUCAUCGCAUGACAUUAGGUGACAGAGGUAACACCCACGGGUUUCACGAAUUCCAAUUCCACGAUUUUUCGCCUAGCAACAAAUUUAAAACUUCAAUUCUUACCUUACAGUUGUCGGUUCAUUUACCUUACAUUCGCCAACACUAGUAAACAUGGACAAAACGAUGAAAUCCAGCACUCUUCUUUCAGAAGUAGCAAGCCGCAUGAAGUAAAAUCCACCGAUAUAUGCGCUGCAUUCUCACCACAAAUAUAAACAUUUGUCGUGGAGAAAAUACGAUGAGGAGGAAAAAAUGCCAGAUCUUCGCCUCGGCAAUGUAUUCCAGCUACCAAGCCGGCGUAUCUCCAGAAGGUGGACUUGAAGUGGGACAAACCUUGUGAUUUUUUCAGGAGCGCUUUGCGCGCAAACUAAUUUAUUCUGGCGCAAAAUGAAGAUUAAGAAAAUGUAUCUGAAAUCUAAUACACGACAAGAAAAUUUUCACACUUUCGAGGAGCGCGACAUAUUAAAUGGGAUUAAGUUGGAUUAGCUGCCAGCGGAGAAAACAUCCCUGCGUGGGAUUGUACUUCCAGUAAAAAGCCUCUGUGUCCUCUCAUGGUCAUUUCAGACUAGGGAGCUUUAGCAUCGAUGACGGCAGCAACAGCAAAAACGUCACUUUUAAAAUGAAUAAUUUCGGGUUUUUUUUCCAGUUUGCUGAAAAUGGAAAAUGUAGGCAAAUUUCCCUGGAGUUGAUUUCUUGAGGACUGCACUCACGUUUGGAGAGAGAAAAAGAGAUUUGUCGUCGCUUGUUUAUGUCCUCCAUAAAACUUGCAAUUAGGCAUUUUCAUGUCGUAGUCAUGCAAGGACAGUAAAGAAAUGUACAAAAAAAUGUGAUGCACAUGCAAAGUUGUUUUGCGUAAUAAACCUAUUGAUUUUUUGACAUCCUCGUUGGCAUCGCCAUCAUUGUUGCUUAAACUCCCUACUAUAUUUAGGUAUGGAAACUGUUUCCUGUCAUCUGUUGUAAUGGAUGGUAAUGAUGGACAUGGAUGAAACUUGAAAAGUGUGAGCCAACUUUUUCAAGUUUUAGUGCUAUGCCUGCAAAAAUUAUCAAAAAAAUAUUAUCGUGGUUAGUGCUCCCUGAUGGAAUUUGCCUAAGAUCUUCUUCAUAACUCUACAGGAACAUUUUGUGUAUGGGUGAGGGCACUAAGACAGUAAUGACUUCAGUACAGAAUUGCCCUAAAGUAGUAAUAUCCUCGUGACAUAAAUAAUUUAUAAACCCUUUUUUCUUAUGCUAAUGAUAUGUUUUGCAAACUUAUUUGCAGAGCUUUUUGGUGAACAACAGAAAAAAACGGUGACCAAAGACUCUUCACCAGUUGGCACUGAAGACUCUUUGCCAAAGAAACCUGCAGAAACAAGCCAAAGGAUUCCUGAGUCUUCUUUAGAUGACCAAAGACUGCAAACAAGCCCCACUGUGGAAACAUCAGGCCUAUCAUAUCAUGCAAAUUUUACAGACCACACGCUGCAGUCAAGUUCAUCAUUUCCAACCUUACUACCACCUCCACAACAUCUUUAUCCAUUCCAAUACCCUCCACCCCCUCCCCCAUGGGACUUACCUCGGGUACCAUCAGCUCAUGCAACACUUCCAGCAUACAUGCAAAAUUUCCCUCCUCCACCUCCACCUCCUCCUCCUCCACCACCAACACCUCCUUCCACUGAGCCAUCUGUUCAACACAAUUUUAAGACAAGUGAAGGAAGUCAACAAGAAAGGCCAUUUACUGUUUACAUGUCACAAGUCAUGAUUGGACCACAACUUGAGGAAGGGUAA